GCCCCCCAAUAUUUUGCAUGUGAUUGCGGACUGACUGUAAAAGUAUCUGCGGCUACCAUUGCUUUUAACCCGAUUUUCUGGAACAUCGUCGCUCGCGCAGAAUACAAUAACCGAACUCUCACGCGUAUUUUCGGCGGUCCUUACCGUGGAUGCUACUUUCUCGCCGUUACCAUCUUCUCCCUUGGAAUUCUGCGUGACCAUGUCUUCUCGGUCGCUCUGGAUGAGCAACCCUUCUACGCUCCGGUUCACCAACCUAUCCUUGGCGCCACUCUGAUAGCCAGUGGCUCUGUCCUGGUUGUUUCGAGCAUGUGGGCUCUUGGUGUGACUGGUACCUACCUGGGUGACUACUUCGGCAUUCUCAUGGAUGCCCCGGUGACCGGAUUUCCCUUCAAUGUCACCGGCUCUCCAAUGUACUGGGGGAGUACCAUGAACUUCCUUGGUGUUACGCUGUGGAAGGGCAAGGUGGCCGGUCUGUUGCUGACUCUUGAAGUCUUGAUUUUAUAUAUCUUCGCUCUGCGAUGGGAAGACCCAUUUACUGCCGAGAUUUAUGCCAAGCGCGAGCGUCAGCGCACCAGAAACAAGGAUGUUAAGAACCUGUAA